AUGAAGAUGUGCCGCGGAUUGAUCGAUCGGUUGCUCCUGCUAGCGGCGUUCGGCAUCACGGUCCAAGGACAGCUGAAAUGUCCACGGAUAACCGAGCACCCGUCCGACAUAAUAGUCGCGAAAAAUGAGCCGGUGACGUUGAACUGCAAGGCGGAGGGUAAGCCCGAACCGGUGAUAGAGUGGUACAAGGACGGUGAGCUCGUGCAGACGUCGCCGGGGGACACCAAGUCACAUCGGGUCCUGCUGCCUACGGGAUCUCUGUUCUUUCUGCGGGUGAUGCACGGCAAGAAGGAGCAGGAUGGCGGUGUAUAUUGGUGCGUCGCACGGAAUAAGGCUGGAUCCGUCCCGAGUAGGAACGCCACUCUCACAGUCGCAGUGCUACGGGAUGAGUUUCGCGCAGAGCCACAGAACACGAGGGUCGCCGCUGGGGAGACGGCUUUGCUGGAGUGCGGACCGCCUCGCGGCCAUCCGGAGCCGACCCUCCAUUGGAAGAGGAACGGUCACAUAAUAGACCUGGAAGCGACAAAACGGAUAACCCUCGUGGACGGGGGAAACCUAAUGAUAUCUGACGUGAGGCCAGCCGAUCAGGGCAAAUACCAGUGCAUCGCCGAAAAUAUGGUCGGCACCAAAGAGUCUGCUGUAGCGGUCCUCACGGUUCAUGUGAAGCCAUACUUCCUGGCCAUGCCGUCGAACCAGACGAUCCUCGCGGAUCAGACGGCGGAGUUCGCCUGCAGGGUGGGCGGCGACCCGGAGCCGGAGAUUCUGUGGCGUCGAAACGACGGCAAGAUGCCGAUAGGCCGGGCGCAUAUUCUCAAUGACAAAAGUUUACACAUCGAGCGGGUGAACCCUCAGGACCAGGGGACGUACAUCUGCGACGCGGAGAACGGCGUCGGUGCGAUAUCAGCGAGCGCCACUCUUACCGUGCACUCGAGGCCGGUAUUCACCAAUUUUCCCAAAGACGAGACGGUAAAUGCCGGCACCGACGUCACCUUCUCAUGCGCUGCAAGGGGUGCUCCGAAGCCGUCGAUAUUUUGGACCCGGGAGGGUUCUCAGGAGCUAAUGUUCCCCGGCCACACGUAUCAAAGCCACUACACCGUCACGGAAGACGGAAGUCUGAGUAUCAAGGGCGCCGUCAGGAAGGACGAGGGCCACUACGUGUGCAGCGCUAUUAGUCAGGCCGGCGCCAGCACUGCCACCGUAUUUCUUCAGGUAACGUCCGUCGAGGAGACUCCACCGCCCAUCAUCGAGCUGGGCCCGGCGAAUCAGACCCUGCCGCUGAAGAGUGUCGCCUCGUUGCCGUGCCGUGCGGUCGGUACACCCACGCCGCGGGUUCACUGGCACAAGGAAGGCGUACUCGUGCGACCGGGCGGCCGCAUCACGAUGGCUAUCAACGGCACGCUGUUUAUCGACGACCUGCAUGCCAAUGAUUCUGGCCUAUACACCUGUAUCGCCUCAUCGGAGUCCGGCAACACCUCCUGGUCGGCGUACCUGACCAUCAGCACCGGUGCUAGCUUUCAUCGGACACCCGAUAUGUCGGCCUUGCCGCAGAAUCCGAGUAAGCCGCGGAUAGUAAACGCCACCAGCAAUUCCGUCACUCUGACGUGGAGCCCAGGCCAUGAAGGCCAAAGCAAGAUCAUUGGCUACAAUAUUGAGUAUUACAGCAGCAACCUGAACACCGGCUGGGUGGUAGCGGCCACGGGUGUUCUCGACGACAUCUACACGGUGACAGAUUUAAGGCCGGAGACCAAUUACGUUUUCCUAGUACGAGCAGAAAACAGCCAGGGGCUCUCGCUGCCCGGACCACUGUCGGACGUCGUACAAACUACUAACGCAAAUCAGCAUACGGUACCGCAAGUGGAACUGACUCGCGCCAGGGAUCGGUUGAAUAGCGAGAUUUUACAUCUCAAAGAGGUGCAACCGUUGACCAGUACCAGCGUAAAGAUCAUGUGGGACAUUCUGGGCGCGGCAGAUUUAGUGGAGGGUCUUUAUAUACGAUAUCGCGAGGUUUCCGAGAAACCGGAAUAUCAGAUGGUUACGGUGCUCAACGCUGGCGCUACCAGUUACGUGCUGACUAAUCUGAAAAAGUAUACGCGUUACGAAUUCUUCCUGGUUCCCUUCUACAAGAUAAUCGAAGGUCGACCGAGCAACGUGAAGCUGGUCACUACAUUGGAGGACAUGCCCUCGGGCGCUCCCGAGAACGUUCACGUGGGGAUGAUAAAUAUGACCUCGGCGUUCGUUCGAUGGUCACCGCCGCCGAAGAACACUCAGAACGGUCAAUUGAUUGGUUACAAGAUUCAGAUCAAGAGCAACAGCAGCAACAAGAUCCUGGGUCAAAUGUCCCUGAACGCGUCCACCACGUCGGUGAUCAUCAACAGCCUGACCACUGGCGGUUUAUAUACGGCUCGCGUUGCUGGACAAACUCGGGUCGGACUGGGUCCUUUUUCUAGUCCGACUCUGUUGAACAUGGAUCCAGGACAACUGACGCAAUUACCACCGCGUACCGAUCCCAGCCACGGAGGUGCGUCCGUUGUCAGAGAAACGUGGUUCCUUGUGUUGAUAAUAACGAUGAUAUUCACCGUUAUCGCCGUGCUGCUCGCCGCCCUGUAUGUGAGACGUAGGCAAGCGAUGAGCAAACAACUGGGUCACUUGAAUGUACCUGUGAGUACCGCAAACGAUAUCUGUCAAUUGAAUAAAGACACGCUUUGGCUGGAACGAGGUUGGCGGCCAACUAAUACCCUCCAGGCCGCCAACGACAAGGAUUGCGAGACCAAGUUACUCAAUAAUCAGCAUAUGCUGGCGGCCGGAAUAAUGGGCAUGGCCGGCUCGGAAUACGCCGAAGUAAAUCUGACGACGUUCUACAACACACGCAAGCAAAUGCAAGCGCCGCCGCCGGAACCGUACGCGACCACGACUCUGUGCGUGGGCAGUCGUAACUCAGACUCGAUCGAGACCAGCUGUCAGAAGUCAAACUCCAGUGAUUCGUGUCUGAAACCGGAUUACUCAAGCCUGGACUCGAAUCAGGAGCCCAACAAGUCUACGGUGUCGCCAAGCAGUGACAACAUGAGCGGUGGCGACGCCGCCUACGCUGAUGAGAAUCUGGACAUGCAAAGGAGACAGUACAGAAUAACAGGCUCUGCAGGCGAUGCGCCACAAACCGGUAUGCCGAUGCCCAAUUGGUGUGACAUGUUGCCGCCGCCACCUGAGCAUCCACCCCCUCUCGGCACAUCCAUAACCACUGGUCGAAUGCAGCAGCAGCAGCAUCAGUUGCAACAUCCGCACCAACAGCAACAAGUACCAUUCAGUCCGCAUCUCAGCAAGAGAAACGUUCAAAACGAUCUAGAUCACUGCGGUGGCUCAGGUGCCGGUUCGUGCAAUCCGCAAAGUCCACCCACACCGCCUAUCAGAGUGACCAAUAGUUUUAGCCCGUCGCCGACACCCUGGAACGGCAGCGGACAGAAUCAACACUCGGAUACCGGCGCUCUUCAGGUGCCUGGUAAUCUUCAAGUUCCGCAAGGCAGGUACACGACGCUGCCACCGCAAACUAAUCCGCCACCAUUACCCUCGUUUCCGCAGGGUUUCAAUCACUAUGAUUACAAGAACCAGGAAAAUGAAUACGAGAGUGGCUCCGUGAUUUAUGGCCAUCACCAGAACGGUCUGCCAGACGAUUACGGCGCGCGCGCCGAUCCCGCGUUUGCUCGUUCUAACAAUCAGCAGUCACAUCUGACGCCGUCCGCCAUGAGCGAGGAGCUGUAUCGACACAGAGACGAAAUGUUCCACAACGACAAUCUCUAUCAGCCUGAGAAUGAUGAGUGGGACAGGAAGUCAUGCGACUCCAACACACACUCGGACGCAUGUUGCUCGUGUUCGGAAUCGAGCUGCCUCUACGCCGACACAGUGCAAUACAACACGCAGCAGUACAGUACGGCAUGCGGUCACAGUAGUAGCAGGACGGGUUCCCGAAGCAGAAGUAACAGAAGUCCGCGAAGAAGAAACAGGACGUCCUCGCCCACGUACAGUAGCGACAGCAAUUACUCCUGCAUCCCCCAGAGACAAUGCGGAAGUACGAAUUCACAGGAGAGACUGAGGCAUAAUCGUAGUAAAGACAAGCUGCCUAGUUUUUCAAGGACAGGCAAUUAUAGCCAACACAAUUCUUCGGCCUCUAAUACAAUGAGUAGUACGGGCAGUCAACGAUACAAUAAGCUAAAUAGCAUCUUUGCAAGCGGCAAUAACGCUCCGACGGAGUCUAGUCGACUAGGUGAUCACCGUGAAAGCUAA